GGUGCUCUCUAAACAACCAUCAGUUCAACGUCGUUUCUUGAAAGUAUUUAUGUUUUAGAUUAGAAUCAUGGGUGUGGACGUUCUGAACCAUAUGACUCCCAACUUACCGAAAAAGCAGCUAGCUUCGAAAUCGUCCAAAAAACGCGCACCAACGUCGAAACCGCCGUUCACCCUUGGACAGCUAAAAUCUCUUGUACCUCCUCAUUGCUUCCAACGCUCCCUACCUAGGUCCUUAUUUCACCUCAUACAUGACUUGGUCAUAAUAGCCGUACUUUCAUACGUGGCCGUCACCUAUAUUCCGCUGCUUCCUUGGCCGGUACAGUGGCUUGCGUGGCCCCUUCACUGGGUCGCAACUGGGACUGUUGCCUUUGGUUUGUGGUUCUUAGGCCACGAGUUGGGACACCAGGCAUUCAGCGAAUACGAAUGGCUCAACGAUACGAUUGGGUUUCUCGUCCACUCCAGCAUGCUUGUGCCUUAUCAAUCGUGGAAAUUCAGCCAUCAUAUGCACCAUGUCCACACUGGUUCUCUUGAGAAAGAUGUCGCUCAUCUUCCGCGUCAAAAACCGUCGACAUUACGGAGGUACCUUAACAGCCCGGUUGGUCGCAUCUUCUUCCUCCUCCUUAUCCUCACGGUUGGCUGGCCGUUGUACCUAAUCUGCAACCUGACCGGGCGUAAGUACUCGAGAUUCAACAGCUUCCUCGAUCCGAACGCCCCGAUGUACCCGCCCCGCAUGCGCCUUCAGGUGCAUCUCGCAAAUGCAGGCGUGCUCGCUAUGGCCGCAAUACUCGCCUGGCUAGCUCACACGCAGGGACUCGCUUGGCUAGCGGCCGUGUACUGGGGGCCACUGGUGGUCGUCAACGCGUGGUUGGUCACCAUCACACUGACCAAUCACGUUCAUCCCUCUCUGCCGCACUACGCCGAGGGGGAGUGGGACUGGUUGCGGGGCACCAUCACCUCCACCGUCGACCGGGAUUUCGGCUGGUUCCUCAACUACUUGUUCCACAACACCCCGAAUGUUCAUAUGAUGCACCACUUGUUCCCGAAAAUGCCUCAUUACAGGCUCCAGGAGGCGACCGAUAAACUGAGACCGAUUCUCGGCGACUAUUAUCAACGGGAUACGGCACCUCCGCAUAAGGCGCUUUAUGAGGCUGUUAAAGAGUGCGUUUUCGUUAAGGAGGAUGUCGACAAAAGGGGGGUCUUUUGGUACAGUGCCUUACUGGAAGCUAUGAUUGAGCAAUAACUCGUUUCCUUUAUUCUAAUUUCUGCACACAGAAGGCAAAUGAUUCAAAAUAAAAAUAAAAAAAAAUAGAUAGGUAAAAAAAAAAAUAUAAAUAAAAAAAAAUCGUUUUGUCUAAUGUGAUAUAAAUAGCGUUUCCUCAGGUACAGGGAAUGAUUGUCUCAAUUCUCAGGGGUCUAUAAUUUCACGCUGACGGUUGUUCGAAGAAUGUCACAUUACUUUUCAUGAACACAUGAUUAAAAUAGCAAUUGAAAAGUGCAAAAAUCAUUAAUGCUAACCACGGAUUCUCUAAGUAGUAUUUUUCUUCAGAUUUUUCGGCGAAAAAAUUGAAUUGAAAUCAUGAGGAAACCAAAAGGUUGAUUUGGUCCCACACAAGAGGGUUUUAUUUUAUUAACUUUUUUCUCUAUUCUUUUACAUGACUUGAUGAUUUAAGGUUCAAUUCACUCCACACUAACUCAUCAAGCAACUUGCCAUGUGAGAAUAAUUCUGGGAACCAAUAUUAAUGAACAUUAUUUUUGCUCCCUAUAAGGCUUUAUUCCGUUUAAGUAUACUUUUAAAUUAGUUUUCGUCAGGUAACGUGUUUUUUUUUUUUUUUUCACAUGUGUGACUGUCAAGCUGUAUAUUAUCACAUGAGGGUAAAUUGAAACGUCCCUCUAUCUGACUACCAGUUUUCAAAAUUAUUUGAAGCAAGACAAAAAACCCAGAAUAAAAGUAAGAAAAAAAGGGGGGAAUUACCUCUUGCGCUCAAUCGUAUUCCUAAUAAUUAUUAAUUACUUACAGAGCAUAGCACUUGUUAAAUGUGAAGGGGAGAAAGGAAUCGCUUAGAAUGAAGAAACACAUUAUUUUUUAACGUUACUAGUGAUGACGCAAUGAGAACAUUUUUUUGGCUGUGGUACACUUAGAUAAGUUAUAGUUGUCCAAUAAUUGCACGUCCAAUUCUACUUAUUUUUUCUGAGUGCGGUUAACUGUUUCUUUCUCUUAGAUUUAGUCGUUUUUAUGUAUACGAAGACUGAUGUAAAUUGUAAAUAUACAUGUAUUCAAAUAUUUCUUAGCUCAAAUUAUUUUUCAUUGCAGUCAUAGAGUCCAAACAAAGGUAAAAUUGUCCAAGACCUGAACCACAUGGAUGUUCAGAAA